AUGUUGAUGGUUGUGACAGGUGCGCAUGCAGUGAAGCUUUUAUGUCAAACUCAGGAGAAGUAUACGGAUCGGGAUCAGCCUUUAUCCUCCUUCAUACCAGUUGUCUCAUUGAACAUCACAGACUCUGCGUUCGAGGCGAGAGCAGCGAUGGAAGCCGCCAUAAGAGAUAUCAUUCUCAUGACCUUCACCAAUGAAGAUUCCGAUGUCGUGAGCUAUGAAGCUCAAUUCAAAGCCGGCCAACGUCCGAACAGGCGUCUAAUGCAGGAGAUAUACGUCGUCCGCGAGGAGCUUCUGAUGGUCGAGAAGAUUGCCGACGAGCAACGCCAAACUCUCAAGAAUUACCGUAGAGUCUUAAACCCAUCCACAUUCCGCAUCACAACUCAGUCGCGAAUCUCUUCCUUCGAACUCGAGGAAAGACGGCUUGGUACGAUUCUCGAUAGAAUCAACGAUGAUAUCAAUUUGAUCAAAAUCCUCUUGGACAGGCUUGAAUCAAUAGCCACUCAGACGCGCAAUGGGGUCGAAGUUCGUCAAGAAGAUCAAAGCAAGGCGAUUAUGAUCUUCACCAUCAUGACGGUAGUGUUCAUGCCGCUGUCAUUUGUGACGGGAUACUUUGGUAUGAACACGAAUGACAUCCGUAACAUGGAAAGCUCUCAGACGCUUUUUUGGACGGUGUCUAUUCCAUUUACGGUCGUCAUCAUUGCUGCAGUGUUGCUUGUGGCAUUUCAGGCAGAUAGACUUCGAGAGGCUCUUGAUAAUUUGCUGUGGCAUGACGAUGUACCAGUUGGAAUGCCAAUCAAUAACCCCUGGGCGGAGAAGGAGAUGCCAGAGGAAGACAAAAAGUACCUUGAAACGGCACGUAGCGCUGUUUCACCGGGGAAACAGUGGCUUCCGAGAAGAAGAGCUAAGAAUCGAAAGGUCGCACCGCAAGAUUCUUCUUUUGUGUGA